GCAGUGGGAAAGGUUAGAGAGGGUUCAAGUAUUGGUCGAAGCUAUUCGAUGAAGAGAAAUUAGGUGUGCAGAUUUGCAGAGCAUCCGGCAGCGAUUUGCGGAAUAAAAUACCAAAUCUCAAAUGUAUCGAUAACCGGUUUUGGGGAAUUGGUUUAGCACACAGAUCUGACGUAACCUCAGAUACACCUGUGUGGGCGCUAAUGACACACAAUUUGCGGUAGAGUUUAUGUAAACAAAGCGAUGUUCGUUCGAGCCAUGCAAAAUAACGUGAAAGCUCAGCUGGAUGCACUCGCGUUUCGCUGAAAUGCAAUGAUUAGUUUAUUAACACUUUGAUCCGCCAAGUGGUGAUGAAAAUUGAAACCAAGGACCAGAUGACAUUGAGGUUGAAAAAACUCUGAAUGCAGUGAAACAAACUUACCACUCGUGGUAUUCUUAUUCAUUCCGAUCGCGAUGCAGUCAUCCAACUUUAACACAAUAAAAUUGUUAGCUCGAAGAUCAUGGUGUUGCUGAAACGGUAGCCUAAUGGAGGCAAUUAUCGAAUUUGUUUUUUUUUCUUCUGGUUCCAUCGCGGGUUUUGGAUAACCUUGGUUGGUUCGUUAUAUUGCUGGAUUAAUUUCGGUUACUCCGAUGUUACAAAAACACUCGGUUGGAUGUCAUUAGUAGCACGAGUACCAAGACACCAAGAGGGCCGCGUCAGGAAUUUAUGUCUGUCCUUCUCGCUGCAUUUCCCGGGCCUACAGAGCAUUUUGCACUGUUGAUCGGUGAAUCAGAAGGCGUUCAUCAUCACUGUCAGCUGUCAAUCGUCACUAAACGUCGCUCGUGCUAAUGCAAUUAUCUGUGUUACUUCGUCCAUACCAAUGUUAUCCUCGGCGACUCAGAUGAGCAGCAGCAGCAGUAGCGCACCAGUCCGGAAGAAUCUGCAACCGAAUGUAGCAAUCCGGGCUCGACCGGAAUGUAAGGCGUGAUUCGCAUGAGAGCGAGAAGAACGCAAAGAAAUAGGAGAACCAACAUAAAGCGAUACCCCCUACUCUCUGUUUUUUUUUUGCGAUAAUCCAAACGUGCCCAGUCGGGGACGGAAGAAUGCUGCAGCUGGCGGAAUUCGCUGUGGACAGCUUCUGGAUCUACUGUGCCCUGUCGGUGAUCAUCAUGGUAACCCUAGUGACGACCCUGGCCUCGUGCUUGUGCUGUCGAAAGCAGGAGAUCAAAAACGAUCUGCUCGGUUUGGAAGGCAUGGUAAAGUUGACCAACCCGGAGGACACAAUGACCAGCCAAGGAACCAUUACUGGUACGCUAGGUGGAUCCGGACCAGCCGGACCAGCCCCGGAUCAAACCGACUGCAGCGAACCGGAGAGCAUUAGCAAAAGGGCUUCUAAUGCUCCGCAUCGUAGUUUACCGGAUAUUCCCUCGGUGGAACCGACAGGAGACAACAACUCCGAGCUCUAUGCAACUGUUGGAGAUAAGGUUCAGGAUUUACCUCAAGGUAGAAGUCCAACAUCAAGCCUCAAGAAGCAAGCCAGUGUGUCCCAGCAUAGCUCCAUCAGUCAAGCAGAUGAUAUAAGUUCUCCGUAUGCAAGAGUUCGAUCGCCUCCCCAUGCCUACGAUAAACUGCGCCGAGCAGAGCAUCCCUACGCACAGGUGGUACAGCCAGGCACAAGCGGAGGGGCGCAGGUCGCCGUAGCCGUGGAUGAUGAGUUGCUUAGUCCUAUUUCGCGCCGCGGCGGACAAGGAGCGAGCGGUGUUGGAGUGGGAGGUGGUGUCGGUGGAAGUGAUUCCAACCAAAGCUUGCUGGAUGAUCGUGAUCCCUCCGUUGCGGAUAUCCCCGCAGCUUCGGCUAUCGCUGGCCGCGUUUCCGCAAGCCAGGAUCUACCUUAUAUGACUCCUCCAAUCGUACAACCUCCUCAGCAGCACUUUAGUGGAGACUCACAAGACUCCUCAAAGGGUUACACCAGUAUUAGCGUCCGGGAACCGUUGGCGAAUUUAUUACCUCAAACGCAGAAUCAAACCACCGCACAGAGACGCCAGAUGAUGGGCGACUCGCACUAUGCCACAGUUUCGGAUGAUUCCGAUGAAAUGUACGCAGCUAUCGACGACCCUAACAACCAGGGAGAUCUGUACACAAGUGGUUCAGAAACCUACGCUCAAAUACAACCGCCAAACAUGGUGACGGUUUCGGUAGAGAUCAAUACCGGAGCCUCAAGUCGUCCGCUAUCGAAUCUCCCGGACGAGACGCUCGAGCUUGCUACCACAAGUGGUGUGCCGCUACCGCUUCAUAACCGUCUCAGCAGCAACAGCGUGAUCGGUGUCACGCUAGAUGAUUCCUCCGGGCAGCCACCGCCCCCUCCAAUCGAUAGCUUGCGAGCGCAUCAAACCCAUACAUCGUACGCACAUUCACGGCAAGCCUCCAGCUCGAGCUGCACUAGCUCGGUUGGAAACCUUGGCUCACCCAAGCCGGAAAAGCGCCAAGCCAACUCACCCCUCCCACCGACACCAAAGACACUCAAUCACCAAGCGACCAACAGUUUCUUCAGUAACUCCAAUCUCACCUCGAUCAGCUCAAACACAUCGACCCAGACAGGACAGUCGGGCCGUAAUUCGGUUGCGUCGGUGAUUGAGUACAAGACCUCGCGGGAGAACAUCGCCGGCAAGUUGGAUGAAACGAUGCACCAACAACAACAGAUGCCCAAUGGGUCGGUAAUAAAACCAAAAAAGAGCCCCUCGAAGGAUCUGGAGGGAAUGUACGCAAAGGUGAUGAAGAAGAACAAACUCUCGAAAGCGCCCUCGCAGAAUUCGAGUCCCGAUCCGUUGCGUAAAGAGCGGACUGCUCUUCUCGCCGACGGUGAACAGUUUUUAUCCGAUCCGGAGCUGGCACAGCUGAAUGGCACCGGUUCGCUACAUGGUUCCCCCAGCAAAAAGCCACUCCCGGUGAUAAACGCCGGGAACGAUUAUGAAACGCUGGAAAAGAAAAAGCAACAGCAACAGGAUCCAGGCUAUGAAACGAUCCCCGGUGGAAACGGAGCAGAUCUGACAAAAUCGUCCGAUUAUGCGCAGAUCCAAAAAAGGGGCCCCGCAGCUGUGGCACAGGGUAUACAGAGCGUCUCGAGAAACUCAUUGGAGAUUUUCCACGGAGUUGACAAAUCGGUCGAAGGAGAGCCGGGCUAUGAAAGUUUACCUGGAAGCAACGACCCUGGUUAUGAAACAUUGAAUAGAAAUCGUGCCGAGUCGGAUUCGGAUCCGAACUAUGAAAUUUUACGACCAGCAAGGGACAACGAUGGUUAUAGCAGUAUAAGAGAUAAGAGAACGGCAAAGAAUCGGUUAGAUUUUGGCAAGGAUGACGAUAGCGAUAGUGCUCCAGGGUACAGCAGCAUAAAAGAAAAGGCACAGUAUGACCCCGGCUACAGCGUGAUAUCCGAGAAGACAAAGGUCAUCACGGGUCAUGACUACGCAAGUAUCACGGAAGAGGCAAAACACAAAAAACGAAACAUUAACAAUAACAAUAUUGAUCUGGGAGAGGAAUCGGACAUUUAUUCCAGCAUAACAAAUGUUCCGAUUGAGGGGAAUGCCAUUGUAGCAUCCGCCGGUGGAAAUGUCAACUACUCGACUAUUCCGGACCCAACAAACUUAACAUCAUCGCCCGGUUAUUCGAGCAUCUCGGAAACCCGAACAACUCCAUCCACCGACAGCACCAGUUCGCCGGAUAAUUUAAUCGGAUAUGCCAAACAUCACAACACCGCUACCAACAACAGCAACAGUCGAGUUUCUUCCAACUACGAAUCACUGACCGGAAGCGAAUCCGAUCCGAACUAUGAGUCGGUUAAAUAUCUCAACGUGAAGGAAAACCCUUACGAGCGAUUGCAUAACGAAGUUGGGCAAACGCCUUCCACUGCAGAGCCAUCGUCGAACGAUUCACUUUCAAAAUCAUCCGGUUCGGCUACACCGGGCAUUAACGACCAUCCGGAUGAUACCGGAUCCGAUACACCACCGGCAGAGUGUCCGGUCUCAGCGAAAACACCCUCCGUCUGUGAGCUGGAGGCUACCGGCGUCGGUGACUAUUUUCAAGUCUGAUUUACUUCGGUCCCACCCGAUUUGUAGGUGUGCGUGCGAGUGAGUAUUUUUACAAGUAUUCCCAAAGGGGGAUAUUUUUUUCGACGAAACACCCUUUAACUACACGAAUUCAGCAAAUUCAUAUUUAUAUUAUUAUAUAACAAUAGAGGGGGGGGGGGGGGGGUAAGUACGGGGACAGAUGACUAAUAUAUACCGGAUGCAGCUUAGGAUCGAUAAGUUUAAUCUUUUGAAAGAUUACAUUAUGAGUGAGAGAUGGGGGAUUUAUUCGAAUGAGUCCUCGUCCUUUUGUGUGGGGUUCGCCUUUUUGUACGAGUGUAAUGUGGAUAUCACACAAAAACCGUACGUUUAUUGAUAUUUAUUCUGCUCACCACAGCACUCAAUCAUUAUUACAUUAUCUGCUCAUCUAGGCAUCUUGACUAUUUUUACUCUCACAAUAUUGAAGAACUAAGAAAAACAAACCAACAAGGAAACGUUACAUUAUUAGCACCGCUAAUGUCAUUUUCAGAAAAUGAUGAAGGGAAAAAAUGUAUAACAUAUGCUAGCAUCGUAAGGCAAUUAUUUAUUGUUAUAGGCUUUUUUGCGCUCGGCGUUACUCGGAAAAUAUUGUUCUCGGUGGAAAGAAAAUUAUAAAUCGCGAUGUUCGUAAAUUUUAAAUAUUGUUUCCGUUUUUUUCCAAUUACUGAUUAUUAUUUUACCAGUAGGUCCUACCGUACUGACAGGGAAAACAUUCCAACGUAAUAAUUGUGCAACUAUUUUCCUAGAAUAUAUGAAAAAGUGUAUCGAAACAAAAUCUGCUGGGGAUCCGUGCAUGACCUCUAUCAACCGCGGAGACACAAGGGAAAACGAUUAACCGAAACAAUUUAUACUGAUAUCUGUUAGGAGUUUAGUUUGUAAGGAUGGAAACCCAACACCAAGAGUAUUUUUGUUUUUGUCCUUUGUUGUUUUUUUUUUUUUGUUUAGUUAGAAUUUUAACGCUCAAUCACACUCCUGUUUGAGUG